AUGGGGAUUGCUCCGCCACCAAAACGCCGCAAGCUUGAUGACGAUGACUCGAACCAGGAAGUCGCGGAGCCUGCCGUUCACGCAAGUCUCAACAAGCCAAUAAGCCCACCACUAUCACGUCGCAAAAGUCCUGAGCUACCGUCGUUCACGCCGACUUGGAACUUCGAUAGCAUACCUGAACAAACAUUGGCGUCGCGCCCGGCUGGACUAACCACAAAUCAGCCACCAGAUAACGAAAGUAGUCGCAGAGAGGAAACACGGUUUCUGCCUUCGCCCAUACAACUGACCAAAAUUGAGAAGCUGUCUGCACACCAGAAUGUCGACGCUAUGAGUUUGUCAGAUUUGUUGGGUGACCCUCUAAUCAAAGAAUGCUGGAACUUCAACUUUUUGUUUGAUCUGGAUUUUGUCAUGCAGCACUUCGAUAGCGAUGUGAGGGAUAUGGUCAAAGUAAAGAUCAUACAUGGCUUUUGGAAGCGGGAUGAUAGUAACAGAAUUUCCUUGUUCGAAACAGCAGAACAAUAUCCUAAUAUCGAGCUGCUGAGCGCAUAUAUUCCAGAUCCUUUUGGCACCCAUCACUCAAAGAUGCUUAUCCUCUUCCGACAUGACGAUACUGCGCAGAUUGUCAUUCAUACGGCCAAUAUGAUCUACCGCGACUGGGCCAAUAUGACACAGGCAGUGUGGAGGUCGCCAUUGUUGCCUGUUUCAGUCAAGGCAGCAACUCCACAGAUAGAUCCUCUUGAGGUCCACCCUAUUGGCAGCGGUGAACGCUUCAAAGUCGAUUUACUGCAGUAUCUUAGAGCAUACGGGAAACGGUUGAAUGGUCUGACUACACAACUCGCAGACUAUGACUUUGCAAGUAUCAGGGCAGCUUUCAUCGGUAGUGCGCCAUCACGACAGAAGCCUGCUGCAGCCAGUCCUUCGGUAACCUCAUUUGGAUGGCUAGGACUACGAGAAGUACUUUCUGGUAUCCCCGUUUCGAGAUCGAAAGACGACUCGCGCCCUCACAUCGUUACCCAAAUAUCCUCCAUAGCGACAUUGGGUGCAACACCGACGUGGCUCUCGAACUUCCAAUCAGUGCUUGCCCGUUGUUCGACAGCCAAAAUUGUUAUCUCGGAGAAACCAUCACCUUCUUUCACAAAGGCAUCAUCUUUCUUCACCAAACGUGGGUCUAGCCCAGAAAAGUUGUCACCUAGAUACAGUGUCAUCUUCCCGACACCAGAAGAAAUUCGCACCUCCCUUGAUGGCUAUGCGUCUGGUGGAUCAAUUCACUGGAAACUCCAAUCAGCACAGCAACAAAAGCAGCUAGAGUACAUGCACCCAACACUAUGCCAUUGGAAGCAUGUAUCUUUGGAUGGUCUGCCGAAACGUCAGGCGCAUCGUGGCCCCGCGGCACCACAUAUCAAGACCUACAUACGCUUCGGUGACGAAGAGCAUAGAACUAUCGACUGGGCAAUGGUGACGAGCGCCAACCUAAGCAAACAAGCAUGGGGCGAUAUAGUGAACAAGAACGAAGAGGUCUGGAUACAAUCAUGGGAAGCUGGUGUUGUCAUCUGGCCUGGCCUAUAUGCUCAGACACAAUCAGAAGAAGUCGCCAUGAUCCCAGUGUUUGGAGCUGACACGCCUGAGCCUGCGGAUCUUCCUGCCCUUAAUUACAACGCAGAGAUGACAACAGAAGGAACGAAGUUGUUGGGGCCGGAGACUGUCGUAGGCUUCCGCAUGCCGUACGAUCUGCCGCUUCGUCCUUACAAUAAUGAAGAGAAGCCUUGGUGUGCCACCAUGCAAUAUCUGGAACCGGAUAGGAAUGGGCACGCUUGGGGCGGCUAUGGGCGUUGA